UUCCUUGACUUUACGAUGGUUAUAAACGGUCAAGAUUUCUCGAGUGCCCCAGAAUUGUUAAACCGUCAUCGGGAUCUCAUUUUAAAAAACGACGAUGUAACGAAGCGCAAUGAAAAAUUUUCAAGAAGAAUCUUUCAUGCGUCACGAUUUCGAAUCAGAAUCGAAAGAGAGAGAGACGGCGGUGGUCACCGGGUAUAUGAGAGAGCGCUAGGGGAACACGUCAGCUCAACCUGCACUGCACGAACCUUGCUUUUGACAUCGGCGGAGUGUGCGUGCCAGUGGAAAGGUAAGAUGGCGGCGGACGGAGAUCUGAUCCCCGAUCAAGAAAAAGUACGAAUAGUUUCGGAUUUUAUACUCCACUCGCCACCGGGCGAGUUCAACGAGGUUUUCAACGAUGUCAGGGUCUUGUUGAACAACGACAACCUGUUGAAGGAAGGCGCGUCCGGGGCAUUCGCUCAAUACAACAAGGAUCAGCUCACGCCUGUUAAGAUAGAGGGAAGCGAUUAUCCAGCACUUAUAACAGAACAUAACGACUUGGGAGGCCAAAGGUUUUAUGAUUCGCGUAGUAAGCAAAGUUUCAAGUAUGAUCACCUUAGAAAAGAAGCACAGGAUUAUGAACCCUAUGAGCCAGAUCCUGUAGCUGAACCUUGGAGAUCGGUUUUACAAGAUGAGAUAACGACUUAUACCCAAAAUCAUUAUAGACAUGGUGCAUGUGCGGUUUUUGGAAGAAGCCAAGGAGGUAAUAUAACGCUGACUGCAUGUAUAGAAGAUCAUCAAUUUCAACCUAAAAAUUUUUGGAACGGUCGUUGGCGUUCUGUAUGGACUGUAAGUUUCAGUCCAAGUUCUGGAAGUGCAGAAUUAAGAGGUAGCCUUAAAGUACAAGUUCAUUAUUAUGAAGAUGGAAAUGUACAAUUGGUCAGUAGCAAAGAAGUAAGAGAAAGCUUAUCGAUCUCGAACGAGAAACAAACUGCCAAGGAGUUGAUCCGACUAGUUGAGGAUUCAGAAAAUGACUAUCAAACUGCGAUUUCGGAAAAUUAUCAAACAAUGUCUGACACAACCUUCAAGGCCUUGCGAAGGCAAUUACCUGUUAUGCGAACAAAAAUUGACUGGAACAAAAUUGUAUCGUACAGUAUUGGCAAAGAGCUUAAAAGUCAAUAGAAAUAGAUUUUUUUAUAUAAUAUUAAGAGAAAUAAUUGAAAAGCGCAUUUUGCUGCAUGGGUGAAGUCUGGACGUGUGAUGUGCGCGGGGGCAAAUACAAUAGUAUGAAACAACAAUAUUCUGUUAGAUAUAUAUUUGACUGAAACUCAUGCAUGCUGCUCAAGGUUCCUCUAGAUCUCUGUUACUUGCGGUUGCUAUAAGAGGCAAUGGAAUUCUGUUUUUAUGACAUUACCAUGUAUUUUAAGUUUUAGGAAAAUUUUACAUAUAGAAUGUAAUAAUUCUUGAUUAAACUUUUAUUUUCUUUAUCAUAUAUAUGCAGAUAAUUGGGACGAAAUAUAUUUCCACUAUCGCACGUUUUCAUUCUGAUUGGAUAAAUAAAAGAUGAUAGAAGAAAAUAUAUGUAAAUCUAUUAAAUGACCAUAUUAGUCUGUGAUGAGAGUUUAUUAUGCGUAAUAUUAGACUUCGAAAAACAAUUUAUAAUCGAUAUUCGUAUUAAUGAGGUAAAGGGGACCCUUGAUUUUGUGUUGCUUGAUUUUGUGAAUAUUAUUAUUAAAAAGAUAAAACUAUAGGGACUGUGCAAAUUACAAUAUUGCAUGGUAUAAAAAAAAAAAAAAAGAAAAAGAUUUAUUGCAAGAACUUGGAGAUUUCCAAUCAUCCUUAUUGAAGAGACUCAAGAUUUGAGUUGUUAAUAAUUAAUAUUUUCAACUGAAUAGUUUGCACAAGAAAGAAAUCUCAUCUAACACCUAAGCCUCGUAACAACAAAAUAGCACAAUAAUAAGUCAUAAUAAUAAAGUGAAAAAGUCAAAAGCACUAUGUUGAUUUUAAUGCUGUCAGCAAAUACAGCAGACUGGGGCCAUAGGUAAUGUCAAUGUCUGAUAAGAAAAGACAUUCGUAUCUUGAGUAUUUUUAAUUCGUAAAAAUUCUAUUUAAAAUCUCGCUAAGUGUUCACGCCAAUCGGUUGAUAAACGAUGAAAACGAUACAAUUCAAUUCUUUAAUAACAAUCGAUAGGCAGUACAAGCCUACGAUUUUUAUUCAACUUUACAUUUCAUAAAAUAUAAACUUAUACGCUUUUGUUAUGAUGAUAUAUUGUUUUAUAAUAAGUAUAUCUAUUACAGCGCAGAUACGUUGCAAAGUUUAAUAAUACUGAAUAAAUUAAGUGUUAAUUAUUGCAACUUAAUUUCUGUGUUAAUUGUAUUGCGUAGUUACUCUAUGAAUCAUUCAAAUUAAUUAGGACCAUCAAGAAAUCUUUUGGUGCUAUCGCUUGCCACACAUUACACAGCCAGACAUGUACGCGAAAAUGGAAACUAACAAAGUACAUAAUGCAUUGUACAUUGUAGAAUGUAGCCUAUAGCCUGCUGGAGCCUUAAUCUGUUCAUUUUAUGUUGAGGGGGUAUUAUGUACAUAUGUUAUUUGAAUGAAUGAAUGCGACAAAGCACAUCACCAUUUGACUUGUCACACACAAGGAUUCGAAACAUGUGUGUAAUAGUCUUCAAAUUUUGUAAGUUACAUCGUAAUUACAGAAAACUCUUAAUUUAAUUGAGAUAUCAAAUCUUUUGGAAAUAUUUUAUUCGUAAAAAAUUAAAAACCAACUGCAGCUACUUUCAUCGAAUAUUUUAAAAGUACUGUAGUAUAGUAAACGCGGAAGGGAAAUAGUUUUCAUUGUUAUUGCUAUUGCAAUAAAAAUACAUGUAAAUAAGAUCUACAUGUUAUUAUUCUCGCGUGUUAAUUUCUAUUACGUAUGUAAAUUACAAAUGAAGUGUUGAAGUUUCGAAUCUUCUCAAACUUUACAGAAAAUAGUUGCCUAUAAUAACAAAAUUAGGUAUUACCUACAAUCGAGUGUAUCGUAAAAAUAAGAAACGCAUGUCCUUAUGUAAAAAUUUAAACACAGAAUACAUUUAUCGUUUAAAUUAUGUAUUAUUAAAUGUUAUGAUUGAUUGAAUAAAGUGACAUGACACUUUAUACUUUGGCUCUGUACUUACAAACAUUAUUCUUUCAUUUAAUGUUGCAUUUUAUAUCAAUGUUACUUUCAAUACAAUAAAUGAAUUAUAUUUACAUC